CAAACAACUGCAUCGAAUACCUCUCUACCUUAUACAACAAGCUUUUUAUCACAUCAAUUAAUCCCCAUAUAUCAUAUCAAAAUGGGCGUCGUUGAGAAGGGCAACAAGAUCUUCGUCUCGGCUAGCGAGAUCGACAAGAACAAGGUCACUGUUGAGUGGCAGCAGAACUUCAAGCAACGCUCGCAGGAGUAUUACACUGUUCCCUUCAUCAAUAAGAGCCAGGGGGACCAGGAGAGCGUCCUCUUCAUUCAGACUAAUUACCUUGACGCUUUCAAGAAGAAGCACGUUGCAGGCGAACCGGAGUUCACUGUCGUCAUCGAUACCUCCUUCCAGUACGGCCAGAACGAUGAGAAAACUUCGCGCUGGCUUGCCUAUCAUGAUAAGAGCAUGAACGCCUUCCAGUGGCGAUUCGUCGCGAGCGUCAAGUCCAAGCUGGGUAAUCAGCUGGGCUCGUUCGGUGGUGGCAUCUUCAAGAGCUUCAUUGGGGUCGACAUUGGAAAUUUGGCUGCGCUCAUCGGCCAUCCUCUUCGAGACUUCUAAGGUUCUCGGAACUUAUGGAGGGCUAGUAGCCUUACACUUUCCACCUUUUCAUUGCUGUAGGAUCGAAUUCAUGUCUGUCGUUCUGUCAGACGAUGAUUGAAUCCACAUCACUCUUUUGACAAGGCACUUUACUUCACAUUCGAAACACUCUUUUAAAUCCCGGG